CUACACAAGAAAGAAUGGUGGCGUUCAAGUUUCUUCUUGCUCUCUCUCUGUCCCUUUUAGUCUCAGCUGCCAUCGCUCAAACUCGGGAGCCACGGCUGACACAGGGACAACAAUGCCGCUUCCAACGCAUCUCCGGGGCGCAGCCCUCCCUCAGGAUCCAAUCCGAGGGCGGCACCACCGAGCUCUGGGACGAACGGCAGGAACAGUUCCAGUGCGCCGGCAUUGUCGCCAUGAGGAGCACCAUCAGGCCUAAUGGCCUCUCUCUGCCCAAUUACCACCCCUCUCCCCGCCUUGUUUACAUCGAACGAGGUCAGGGCUUGAUAAGCAUCAUGGUCCCCGGCUGUGCUGAAACGUAUCAGGUCCACAGGAGCCAGAGAACCAUGGAGCGCACAGAGGCAUCGGAGCAGCAAGAUAGAGGAAGCGUGAGGGAUUUGCAUCAGAAGGUGCACCGCCUUCGCCAAGGAGACAUUGUUGCUAUUCCGUCUGGUGCUGCACAUUGGUGCUACAACGACGGGAGCGAAGAUUUAGUCGCCGUCUCCAUCAAUGACGUCAACCACCUCUCAAACCAGCUGGAUCAAAAAUUCAGAGCAUUUUACCUGGCCGGCGGAGUUCCAAGAAGCGGGGAGCAAGAGCAGCAGGCUAGACAGACCUUCCACAACAUUUUCCGGGCUUUUGACGCGGAGCUGCUAUCCGAGGCCUUCAAUGUGCCGCAGGAGACUAUCAGGCGGAUGCAAUCGGAGGAGGAAGAGAGAGGGCUCAUCGUCAUGGCCAGAGAACGCAUGACAUUUGUCCGGCCCGAUGAAGAAGAAGGAGAGCAAGAGCAUAGGGGAAGACAAUUGGACAACGGCCUGGAAGAAACUUUCUGCACCAUGAAAUUCCGCACCAACGUUGAGAGCCGGAGGGAAGCAGAUAUUUUCUCCCGACAGGCCGGAAGAGUGCACGUCGUCGACAGGAACAAGCUUCCCAUCCUCAAAUACAUGGAUUUGAGUGCUGAAAAAGGCAAUCUUUACUCGAACGCACUCGUCAGCCCAGAUUGGUCCAUGACAGGCCACACGAUUGUAUACGUGACAAGAGGCGACGCCCAGGUCCAAGUAGUGGACCACAACGGACAAGCCCUGAUGAACGACAGGGUGAAUCAGGGAGAAAUGUUUGUGGUGCCUCAGUACUAUACCUCGACGGCCCGUGCAGGGAACAACGGCUUUGAAUGGGUUGCUUUCAAGACCACCGGGAGUCCGAUGCGCAGCCCUCUGGCUGGUUACACAUCGGUGAUCAGAGCAAUGCCUCUUCAGGUCAUCACAAAUUCGUAUCAGAUUUCGCCGAACCAGGCUCAGGCCCUGAAGAUGAACAGGGGCAGCCAGAGUUUCUUGCUGUCUCCGGGAGGGCGGCGAUCUUAGAUGUCUCUGCUGCUAAUUACUAGCGCUAGAGGCUGUGGGUUUGUGUAAAAUUCUAUGUAAGAAAAUCGUUUGUUUUCCAUGGUAAUGGGUUGGUGUCGAGAAAUAAACUGUACUGAGUGAAGUCCUAUAAAAAUAAGAGCGGCCCUCCACUGUUUUCAAUGGCA